UUUGCCUAAUAUCUUUUACACCACAUGAAUGUUUCUAUGAAAACGUACUAUCAAUAAGUUACUAGAUCUCGAUCUCAAGUUCUUGUUGUUGAAAUUGAAAGUAACGUACUAAUGAAAGUAUAAUAUUUUGAAAAAAAAUGACAUAAUUAUUUAGGCAUGUCAAUUUGUGUUAACAGUGUUAAUAUAUUUUUGCGAGUCAAAAUUGCAACAGUCUGAUGGGAGACAUUUACCUAUAUUAUGCAAAUAAUACAUGUGUAUUAUUAAGCAAUAUAUAACUGGUAAAAUCAUUACCCUGUCAAUGUUACGAGUAGUGAUGGCAAUAUUAAGCUUCCAGAGACAGCAAGGACAAGAAUAAAUUUUAUGGAAAAUCGAUUUGCUAUAUUUGAACAAAUACCGCAUGGAAAUCAAUACAUUGAUAACAUAUCAUGUUACCGAUUAUAGAUAUACAUUUAUGUGUGCAGACCUAACAAUUUUAACAAUAAUUGCUAUUAUCUUGCUUUGUUGCAUUCUAUACUUCCAAAGGAUCCUCUUAUAGAUUUUAUUGUCGAAAUGUUUGCAUUUCGGUAACCUUAGAUACAAAAUGUAUAGUAUAAAAAUGUAUAACCAUACUUUAUAAUAUCUCAACCAUUUAAGCAUCAGUGGUUGAUUCCUACUGAAAUUUUAUUCCCUAUAAUGACAAAUGUGUUAUGAAGAUUAUUUUAUCUUUUUCAUAGGCGAUAACAUAUUUGACUUCUUUCAGGUAUAUUCUCUCACCAGUAAAAAAUACAGGUACUCUGCGGCUGGACUUAUAGUUUUUGGCUACCCGACGCGAUUUGAAUUUUGAAUAAAAGUAUUUUUAUGACCAUCAGCAAAUUCUGAAUAUUUUAAAGAUGCAUUUAAAUCGAAAGUUGUGGGCUAUUUGGUGACUCUAUAUGUUAAAUAUUAACAGGUUUUAGUAUUUGUCCGCUUAAUACCGAGUUCUUUUUUAAAACAAGUUAUAUUAUAGCUAUUUUUGUAAUUCAUUCCACGUCUGUUAACCUUCCCUACCCUACACUGCUUUCAUUUUAAACAAACAUACUUUUCCCCACAGGUACCGUCAAGAUGUCUGUAUAUGCCUUUCUGUGACAUUUUCCAUUUGAAGCACUCUAUCAUUUUCAUUGGUUUUCCAUUGUAUCGCUCGUUCCAUACAUAAUAUCUUCACGAAAAUAUGAUGGAUGUUGUUCACGAGAAGAAAGUUUUGUCUUCACAAAAAAAAAAUAAUAUUAAAUAAAUAAAUACAAAUUUUAAGAAAUGGAAGCCUUUUCGUUUUGGCUUGGUUCCAUAAAAUGCUAUGUAAUAAAAUCUAUAAAAAAAAUCCUUUGGAAGCAUAAAACGCAACCAAGCAAAAAAAACAUCAGACUCGGUCUGAUUGAGUCCGAUCACGAGAGGUAAUGAAAUGUGCAACAACCCUCACGUCCUCUAGCGCCGGCUUAAACGGAACUCUAUCGUCCAAAAACAUUUAAUGGACUCUUUGGUCCUUUAGGACCAGAAAAUAUAGCAACAAUUAUAUAAAUAUAUAGAUAUAGAUCUUUACUAACGAAGGAAAAACAUGUUUAAAGUUGUGUUAUAUUGUGCAGUUUUUUUAUUUAUUUGUACGCUACAAGAAAAUGAGUGACGAGUCGAAAGCAAGUGUCAGCAGUUCCGACUCCAGUGAUGUAUCAGAAACUGACGAUAGCGAUGCUGAUAGUGAUGGUCUGAAACCAAGAAAGUACCAACUAGAACUGGCAGAGAAUGCUUUAAUGGGAAAUAAUACCAUCAUCUGUUCAGGCACCGGAUCCGGUAAAACAAUCGUAGCGAUGCAUAUAAUAAAGAAACAUUUAGAGGGAGCACCUAAAGGUGAAAGGAAAGUUGUUUUUAUGGCGAGAACAGGUGCCCUUAUAAAGCAGCAAGCAGAAAAAUGUAAACAGUGCCUACCACAGUACGAGACGCGACUUAUUACUGGCGACGAGGAAAGGACCAAAUCAAUAAAUAUGUUCAUGCAACACUGCGAUAUUCUGUGCUUUACUCCUCAAAUACUGGUGAACAGUCUAGAUGACAACCUGAUAGAAAGCCUCUCCGUAUUUUCUUUGUUGGUACUGGAUGAAUGCCAUAACACAAGAGGAAACGAACCAUACGCCAUGCUUAUGAGAAAAUAUUUGAUUGAAAAAUGUACUGGGAAAAAGGAACUGCCACAGAUAGUUGGAUUGACGGCUUCAGUAGGUGUAGGGAAGUCUAGGACGAUUAAAGAAGCAGAAGAAUACAUUUUGAGGCUUUGCGCGUGUUUAGAUGUUUGCCACCUUUCUACAGUUAAAAAGAACGAAAAGGGUUACAAGAAGCACAUCAAAGAAUGUACAGAAGAAACAAUACGUUUGGAGAAGCGGACGACAGACCCAGCCAGAGGUAUACUUCUAUCUGCAAUGAAAGAAACUGAGGGCAUGUUAGAAGAAAAUGGUCUCAUGCAGCCAGAUAUAAGUGACCUGAUUUCAGAGAAACAUCCAAGUGACAAUGAGUCCCAGGAAUAUAAUAAAUGGACGGUCGAAAUUAUGAAAGCGGCACAGUUAAAAGUUGAUGAUUAUGACAUAUCAAGGGACAUAAGUUCCUGUGCAAAGUAUCUAAACAUAUACAACUCGGCCCUUGAAGUUAACAAACUGUUACGAAUCAAGGAUAUUAUUAGGUAUUUAGCCGAGAAACACAAGCAAGAAGGAGAACACAAGAGUAAAUUAACAGAUAUGGAGACACAGCUCUACAAUAACCUUAUAGGCGUACAGAAAAAGUUGAAAGCAGAGAUUAAAUGGACAGACAAUCCGAAUGUGCAGAUAUUGAGCAAAACUCUUUGCACAAUGUUUGCUGAAAAAGGUGCUGAAUCAAGAGCAAUGAUUUUCGUGAAGACUAGAGCAACUUGCAGGUCUCUUGCUGCAUAUUUAGACGAGGAUCUUCAAAAGAAUGGAAUUAAAGCGAGUCCUCUUUACGGCAAGGAAGAUCGUGCAGGAGAUGAAGGUAUGACGGAAAAUGUACAGACAGAUAUCCUUAAAAGAUUUCGGGAAGGUAUAUACAAAGUGCUUGUUUGUACAGCAGUUGGAAACGAAGGUAUAGAUGUACCAGACUGUAACAUUGUUCUCAGCUACGAAUACUCUGGUGACGAAAUCACGAAAAUACAAAUGAAAGGUCGAGCACGUCAGAUGGAGGCAACUGCAGUUACAAUGGGUAGUGAGAAAAUUUUGGAACAAGAGAGGACCAAUGCCUAUAAAGCGUUAAUGAUGUCUCGUGCACUGGAUGAAGUUUGCAAAUUGGAUCCAAAGCUGAUAAAACAGAAAAUAGUGACGUUUCAAAAGGAAGAAAUACAGAAAUAUCGGUUUAAAAAAGAAGCGAGCAAAUACACCAAUAGCAAAAAAUCUUCUGAAGAUGCAUACGAAAUUCUGUGUGGGAAAUGUAAUACAUUUGCGUGCAACAUUUCUGAUGUUAGACAGAUGGGUCAUGACCACAUUGUUGUCGACAAAACAUUUGAGGAGAGAAUAAUUAAGAAAGAACAUAAAAGACCAAAAACAUACGACGGGAUAUUUAAAAAGUAUAAGAUGUAUUGUAAGAAAUGCCCACUAGAUUGGGGUAUAAUAGGUAUCAAAGACGGUUUAGACUGUAUGACGUUGAAAAUUACAAAUCUCAAAUUCAAGAAUCUGCGCACAGGGCUUCCAAGCAUAUACAAGAAAUGGAAGGACAUGCCAUAUGACGUACAAAAAAUUGGUGUCGCCGACCUGCCAGAUAUACUAAAUGAUGAUGUUACCACAAUUAGAGUCGGACGCGCAAAAGUAAUAGACGCAAGCAAGGAACAGAGUUUGCAAACUGAAAGUACGAAAUGUGCUGAAAAAGAGACCAGGAAACGUAAACUGAAUGUGGACACCAGUGCAGAACCGGACGAAGGCUCGAAGUCAAGAAAAUACACGGCGACAUCUACGGGGAAUAUUGAGCGGGAUGUCUCGUGUAGUGUUGUACAACAAGAUAUGAAUACUACAAUGCAGGAUAUUCCCAACACAACAGAAAGCAAACUUACAGAUGUUCAAACAAACGAUUAUAUGACUUCAACAUCUAUGGCACGUGAGAGUAGCAUAGGACACCCUUUGAAGAAAAGCCAAGACGAUACUUUAUCUGAAAGCAUGCUUAAGAGAUUAUAUGAACAAAUGCAAUCAGUUGGUAUCUUCAUAGCAAAGCAGGCUGUUGGAACUGUCUUUAGAGUGGGAAGCAAGUAUCUGAUGACAGCACAUCAUGUUGUGAAAGGGUUGGUUAUGGACGAUUCUGUAUACGUAACUUUCCACGAAUACGCGCUUGCUCACCAGAAGGAAGUCUAUCGUAUAGAGAAAGUCAUCUUUCUCAAUCAAGAUUUAGAUGUCGCUGUAUUAGAAUUAGCAAAUUCGGACAGUACCCUCCCUCCGAAAAUGCAACUCAGCAAGGAUGAUGUUGAUAUACUGAAUGUAAAGGAAGUCUCCUUAAUUGGAUACGGUCACCCAGGGAAAUCUUACAUCAAACAUCUAGAUCCGAGAUGCAAACUGAUUUCUGCUCAAUCUCAUAGGUUUUUGGAAGCUCAUACAUGGCUUGACCAAAACAUUACAUAUAUAAAAAAUGCUGUGAGUAAAUUGGGUCAGGAUCCGGCAAUAGUCGAUAAAGGUUAUGGUUGUUACGCUGACAAUAAUAAAAUUAUUUUUGAUUGUUUCAUGCAACAAGGAGCCUCUGGAUCUCCGGCUUUGACCUAUAACAAUUAUGGGCAAGUGAAAGUGGCUGGUAUCCUGACCCAUGGGUUGCCUGAAUUUUACUUCCUUAUGCCAGAACUAACGCGACAUCUUGUGGAUAGUAACCAUAGAUUUGAAGUAGCUUCUAAGAUGAGUAGUAUCUACAGCAGUAUUUUAAACGAAAAUGAGGAUUUAGCAAACGAUUUAUUUGAAUAGACCAAUUAUACACUUGACGAAAUUUCAAACGUGCCCAAGUCCAGUAUUGACUAUCUUUUAAAUAUAAAUCCUGUUUCAUUGACAUCUGAAUGCAGGCGGUAAAAUGCAAUGAACCCGGAUUCGAGCCAAGGUGAACGACCGGCAAAUAGUUUGGACAGAAAAAUAACAUUUGUCGAAUGCCUCUUCAAAUCAUGACCAAAACGAUAUAUAUCUUUUGAAGAAUUUAUAUAAUUGCAUAUUGAUCACAUUUUAAAGUAUGUGACAAAAGACUGGACAACAAGCCUACACCGUUUUUGAGUUAUUUUUACGAAUAUUGCUUGAAAGUAAAUAGAAAGGCAAUAGGUCGUGUUGUAGAACUUGAAAAUGGCGUUUUUAACGUAAUGUAAAUUAUGUCUAGCAUUAUUUUAUCAGUGUCUUUGGUCUUUGUUGGGUUUAAUAUAUUACGAGAAACAGAUGCUUAUUGAUUCAUCCUCCCUCUUCUCAAAUUAUUUCUGAAGUGCGAGCAAGUGCUCCCUUUUCAAAUCGGUAUUAAGAUCAAAUUUUAGUAAUAACUAGUAUCUAAUUUUAAAGCAUCUGUUCCUCGGAUUUAGCAUGUUAAUACUUGUUUCUUUGAACUUGGCGUGAAUUUUACAGAAAAAAGUAUCUGAGUAAUUAAUUAACUAUUAAGAUCACAGUUGAUUUUUGUUUUUGAGUUGUAACUCACAUCAACACAAUUUUAGAUCGUAUGUCGACUUUCCUGCUAGUUGAGCUGGCAGAAGACCCAGGUGGCCGCCUGGAAAUUAUUCCAGGCAUGGGCGCGCACUUUUAUAGAACCUCCGACCUUCCAUAAACCUUCACAUGAACGAAUCCUACAUUACCAGCGAGGUGAUCAAACCUACAGCUGUGAGGGGCGAGUGAUUCGAAGAAAGCGGGCUAAACCACUCAGCAUCUGAGGCCCCCACAUAAUAACAGCAAAUCAUGAAAUUAUAAAGCAGUGGUUUUAGUUUUUGUUAACGAUAUGUAAAAGGAUUUGCAUUGGUCUAUAUUAGCUAGAUUAAGGUGUGGCGUGACACAUCUAAAACUAGAAAUGGGCAGAUAUGAAAGGCUUGAUGUUAGCAACAAUGGUUGUCCUAUGCGUGUAGAAGAAGAAGAAAAUAGAAAAAAAUAGUUUCACUAAUUUGUUAGAAAAAUGGUUUCAUUAGAAAUAAUGUAUUAGUCACUGCAUAUUUAUAUCAGUGUACGAUGUGAUCAUAAAAACAAGAUUGACACUAUAUAAAUAUUGCAUUCCUGAGAGGGUGAUAUGAAAAAUGUUCACCGUGAGAUAUAUGAAUAUUGACCGAGGCGCCAGCCGAGGUCUAUAUUCAUAUUUCGAGGGGUGAACAUUUUUCAUAUCACCCUCUCAGGAAUGCAGUAUUUAUUUUAUUAUACCGAAAGCUUAUAAGGGCCAAAGCAUUUACUGGAAAAUCAACAUAAUAAUUUAUUUAACAUUAAAAGUAAUUACUAACCAAAUAAUGAAGACAGAAUUAAAGAGUCUUUACUUGUUAGCACUCAUAACUUAUGGCGACUUUGCUGUAAUAAGAGUUUUUGAUAGAUUAAGUCGAGACGUUUACAUAUCGCUGACCCCUAGGCCUAUAUUUAUUCUAAUAUUUCAACAUUGCGUCAAUCAGUAGCAUUCGAAAAACGGCGAUAACUUUCUUUUUUCUAAAUGAAACAUUAAGUGUGAGCACUCAUUUUUUUUUUUGUUAGAUCAUUUCAAAACUUAUUAUUGUAGUUUCAAUUCAAUAUUUGAUGAAAAAUUGUUUUCGAAAUAUUUUGCACGUAGCAUAAAAAAGAAAAUAAUCAAUGCGAAAGUAUCAGUCUCUCAACGGGUGAUAUGAAAAAAUAAUAUCACAUGCGCAGAAAAACAAAAUAACGCUGUUGCGCAUGUGAUAUGAAAUUAUGGAUCAUAUCACCUGCGCAGAAAUUGAAAAUAAUGAUUUUGCGCAUGUGAUAUAAAAUCACCGAGGAAUAUGAUAUAUUAUUCAAGUUAAACUAAUGGGAAAUUUGCAUUGGACAUUUAUGUGAGGUAUAAUAAAACAAAUAUUUACAGCUUUACCUGCCUCCUUAUAAUUUUCAAUAAUUGUGUUGACAGCUUAUACAAUAUUUUAGAACAGAAUGCACAUUUUCAGUUUUAGUAAUUCAUCAAGAUAAUAGUUAGAACUGGUUUGAAGGUAUGGUUUGUGUUCACUAGACACUGUUUAUAUUUAUGUUAUAGUAAUGCUUGGGAUUUUCUUUAUACAGUACUAAACUGUCAUUAAAAGACACGGAACAACAUAGCGUCCCUCAGUAGUAUCCGAGUACCUCAGACCUGGUCUAAUAGGAUAAUAUUUGGACACAAACUCAGUAAAAUAGACUGGUGUAUUUCCAACAGAACAGUUGUACAUGAAAGAGACCAAUUUAGAUUUUGAUACUGGCUUAUAUAGGCGUACAGGGCUUGCUUACAACUGUAGAAUUUUCUACGGUUUAAAACAUUUUUUACACAUGUUUUGAAUUACAUUGCAUUUUGCUUACUUCACUUUCUGCUUUACCGUACAAUAUAACAUUACAAUAAGCCAGAUACGAAAUAACUAGUGACAAAACAUUUAAUUCUGUAGCAUUCUUUGUUAGAUAUUUACUAAUACUCUAACACAUAGCUGUACAACAUUUCGUUUAAACAUAUUCUUUGAACCCCAGUGUUUUACAUUUCGUUUUAACAUGCUCUUUGAACCCCAGUGUUUUAUCUAAACACCAGUUAUGAGCUGACAUUAAAACUGUUUAGAACCAUUUAUAUGUAUAUGGAGCUGACAUUAGAACUGCUUAGAACCAUUUAUAUGUAUAUGGAGCUGACAUCAGAACUGUUUAGAACUAUUUAUAUGUAUUUGGAGCUGACAUUAGAACUGUUUAGAACCAUUUAUAUGUAUAUGGAGCUGACAUUAGAACUGUUUAGAACCAUUUAUAUGUAUAUGGAGCUGACAUUAGAACUGUUUAGAACUAUUUAUAUGUAUAUGGAGCCGGCAUUAGAACUGUUUAAAACCAUU